GCAAGUGCUGGUACCUUUCUCUCUCUAAAUUUAAUAAAGAUACCCUCUCAUCCAUCCCUACGCAAUUUGCCUCAGACUUGAGACUUGAGACUCCCUCCUCUCUAGUAACAAGACAAACUUGCCUUUCGAAUUCUCCAUCAGAUCUCUUUCAUCUCACGGGCGAAGCACGACAGGGCGGUAGAUGAGGUGUCGGAGGCACCACCCGCCGGACCUCAGCAGCACCGUCGGUGUCUGCGCCUCUUGUCUCCGGGAGCGUCUCCAAGUACUCAUCGCAGCACAAGAGAAGGCGCAUCUAGCGCGCGUUUCCUCACGCGCCUCCGACGAUCACCCUCGGAAAUCUGAUCCUAUCCCUCCUCCUCCGCUCGUCUUCCCUCGUUCCGUCUCGCCGUAUGUCUCUCGCCGGAAAUCGGACUAUGCCAGCUGGCAGAGCUGUGACAGGCAUAACAAUCUCUUCUAUAGCACGCCGCAGCUUGGCCCUACCUUCGGUACCGGCAAUUCUGAGGCUAAUUCAGGAUUCCCUGGCAGAACGAGUUCGUCAUUCAAGAAGAAGACGGGAAGGUUCUGGAUUUUCUCCAGUCUGUUCAGAUCUAGAUCCGAUAAAUUCGAAGCGAAUCCGAGGAUUGCUUCUCAGGAAUCAUGCGAACCAUCUUCAUCGGUGUCUCCCUCAUGGUUCUCGAUGAUUUUUCCGGCUUGGCGGAAGAAUAUGGAUAGGAUGAACUCUCUAGAAGUUUCCACCGCCACAGGGCGGAGGCGUUUUCGGCAAACAGAUCGGGGAAUGUCACCGGUGGCAAACGAAAGUUGUGUGGUCGAUUGCCAUGGAUGUGACCGAUCCCCUUCAGCCGGUGGCUACUCGACGGAAACGUCUCCUCGGUGGCGGAAAACGCCAUCGACAGCACCGUAUACGACGCGUCGUUCCCGCCACGUAAGGAACGUAUCAGGCAUGGGCUUUUGCUUAAGUCCAUUGGUGAGGGCGAGCCCGAACCCUCACUGGAACCCCAAGGGAUUGCCUCCGGAGGUGGCUACGGCGGGGGAGAUGAGAGGCACGGCGGCAGGGAAGCCUCACCUCUCCACUGCGUCGUCGUUUUGUGCAAACCGCUCCAGGAAGCUUGCUGACUUCGGAAGAGCCAACCACAUCCGUUGAUCACGAUGACCAUUGACCUUGUACGGUGACACUUCCCAUGUGUUGCCUCUUCCUCCUUGUUGGUUUCUGCACAUCCGAUUUUUUUUUUUUUUAAUUUGAACAAAAGAGAGAUUCUUUCUUCUUCUUCUUCUUUUAAAUUUUUGCCUUAUUUUUUAAAAACAAUUUCUGUACACAGUUGCUUACUACAAGAAAGAGAAAGUGUGUUCUUUAAAUUUUAAUAGUAUUAUUGAUAUUGAUAUUGAA